AUGGACGGGUCCUCUGUCGCUCGCGGGGGAUCCGCCGCUCAGAGCCCGACAAGCCCGGCGAGCUCCCGCCACGGCAACGGAGCCACCAAGCGGAAGAGAAGCACAGGUGUUCCUGCGCAUCUCGAGAGCAGCCCAGGCAGCGGUAACGAGGAUGAUCACGCCGAAAACGACAAGAAGCGCCAGCCUGGCGUCAAGCGAGCCUGCAACGAGUGCCGCCAGCAAAAGCUCCGAUGCAAUGUCGUACAAGAUCCCUUCCAGAGCUGCUCGCGCUGCGUCCGCCUCAAGCUAGACUGCAAGAUCGAGUCCAACUUCAAGCGCGUAGGCAAGCGCUCCAAGCACGCCGAGAUGGAGAAGGAAAUCGACCGACUCAGACGAAACCUCAAUCGCGCCCAAGCCCAAGGGUACGCGAUGGACGACGGCGAGGAAGUUGCCUCCCCCGCCACCACCACCCCCAACUACAGCCAUACCCGUCACCCCUCCCUCAUCUCCGACGAGGCUGUCAGCUCUCUUCUCCAUCUCAAGCGCGGGGGAGGCCCGUACGGCAUGCCACACUACUCCCAUGAGCUCGAGACCGUUCGCCUGACCGACGAGCACGUCACACACCUGUUCAACGAGUUCUUCGCCUUCUACCACCCGUUUCUCCCAUUCUUGAACCCGACCCAGCCCCCGGACCAGUACUUCCAACAGCAUCCGCUCUUAUUCUGGUCCAUUGUCGCCGUCGCCGCCCGCCGCUUCAGUCCAGAAGGCUCGCCUGACCUGAUCAAGAACUUGUCUGAUCCCCUGACUCGGUUCCUCUGGACCACCAUCGGUGAGGUGCCGAGCAACUAUUAUGUUGUCAAGGCAAUGUGCUUGCUAUGCGCAUGGCCCCUACCCACCAGCACCACCUCCUCAGAUCCCACGCAUAUUCUGUGUGGUGUCAUGAUGAAGACGGCUACUGGUAUAGGGUUACACCGUCCAAACAAUAUCCAAGACUUUUCACGAACGUCAGUCGAACUUAACAGGGAACAGCUGGCAGAUCGUGUUACGACUUGGGCUGUCUGCAACAUUGUUGCCCAGAACGUUGGGACAGGGUAUGGCCAACCCGCCUCGACUCUCUACGACUGGACCUUGGCUCUGCGCCCGGGCGAUGACGCCGCCUUCCGCUUGACCCCCGAACUCGAAGCUCGCCUACAGAUUGAGCGGUUUUGCGACAAGGUCUCCAAGGAGAUGUAUAGUAAUGCGAGUGAUCCAAGGGGAGUCGCCGGCGACGAACAUCGCGCCAUGUUGAUGCGCGUCUACCGUCGCGACUACGCCGAGUUGCAUGCGUCUGUAAUGUCCCAGAACCUCGGUCCUAUUGUCGGCCUUCACCUGCGAGCAGCCGGACUGCACAUGCGAUUGGCUGGCUUCUUCGACUCGAGCAAAACACCAGGCUACAUGGAUGAUCUUGUCGGACUGUGGCGUGCAACAACCAGCUUUCUAGAUGAGCUUUUGGAGGCUGACAAGGUCACAUCGCCACGUGAUAAUUUCGCUGGCACGUUCCUUCUCUACGCCACCAACUUCAUCCAGCAGAUGCUGGUCGCUGCUGCAUUCACUGUUCUCAAGCUUAUGCGAUCAUUCUUUGCCAAGACGAUUGAUUUUGACCGUGGCCGCAGCUUGUUCCAGCUGUCGAUUCGAGCCAUUCGGCAAACCAGCGUUGUGAACAACGAUCUUCAAUGGCGUUUGGCAGAGCUUAUGGUUCAAAUGUGGAAUGGCUCGCGCCUGCAACCCAACAACCCAGUCUUCAAUCGUGAGGACGAGACUCCAAUUCAGAUGGACGAUAGCCUGCAACUCAAGGUCCGUUGCCGUCACAGCAUGAGUCUUGUCUUCGACUCUGUCUGGAGAUGGCGAGAAGAAUACCAAGCUAACGGGCGCGGCACCUUGGAGGGUGCCGCCAUGAAAAACCCGACAAACCCGGACUCGGCCAACGAGUCGUCGGCGGCUUCCUCUCAGCUCGACAGCACGCUCCUGGCCGUGCCAACACCGGCGCCCAAUAUGCUCACCGCGACGGCCGCUUUGACGCCAGGUGCGACAGGUCUUUCCGCAGCGACGCCGAUUACUUCAAGCACCAUACUUGCCGGAGUCAACUACGACGGCAACUUUGACUUUUUCGAUCCACAGCACUGGAUGCUGGACGGUCUCUUGGAUUUCAACUAUUAUGCGCCGCCCCUGGAAGGUGCCUAG